GCAACCAUGUUCUUCCACACUAUGGGUGGCAUGGGAGGUAUGGGCCGAGGUCAAGAUGGCCCAGUUGACACCCGUCUUUAUGAUCUUUUGAAAGUGAAGCCGGAUGCUAGCGAAGACGAAAUUAAAAAGGUUAGUUUUUCUGUUGAAUAG